AUGACCUUCCAGCGCUGCAAGGCUCGGGAGGGUCACCAGCACUACAGACACCUCACGCAUACCAGAAGCACCCAAGAAUCACCCCGGGCACUAGAGCAGCCCUCCAAUUACCCCUGCCACUUCCCCAGUCUCUCUUCACUCUGUCACAGCCACACCAGACACCACGGAGGCACCCAGCAGCUCAGUCACUCUCCCAGCACCCCUGCUCCGCCACCCUUCCAGAUGCACCCCGCACUCUCCAGCACUCCUGCAAGACUCCCUCAGGCCCUGGCAGUCACCGUGGCACUCCCCAAGGGCACUCAACGUCUUUACCGCCGCAACCUUCCCCCUGACGGUGCCCCAGAAGGCGAGACACACCCCAGCACAACCCGGGACACCACAGCACACCCCAGCACACCCCAGCACACCCCGGGACACCACAGCACACCCCACCAUACCCCUGCACACCCCGGGACACCACAGCACACCCCACCAUACCCCUGCACACCCCGGGACACCACAGCACACCCCACCAUACCCCUGCACACCCCGGGACACCACAGCACACCCCACCAUACCCCUGCACACCUCAGGACACCACAGCACAGCCCACGAUACCCACGCACACCUCAGGACACCACAGCACACCCCACCAUACCCCUGCACACCUCAGGACACCACAGCACACCCCAGGACACCCAAGAACAUCCCAACACACCCCAGAACACCUCAGGACACCCCAGCAUACCCCAGCACACCCCACAAUGCCUCAGAACACCCCAUCACAUUCCACAAUACCCCAGCACACCCCAGCACACCCCAGAACACCCCAGCACAUCCCAGCACAUCCCAGAACACCCCAGCACACCCCAGCACAUCCCAGCACACCCCAGCACACCCCAGGACACCCUAGCACACCCCAGGACACCCCAGCACACCCCAGGACACCCCAGAAUAACCCAGGACACCCCAGCACACCCCAGGACACCCCAGAAUAACCCAGGACACCCCAGGACACCCCAGCACACCCCAGGACACCCCAGAAUAACCCAGGACACCCCAGGACACCCCAGCACACCCCAGGACACCCCAGGACACCCCAGACACCCCAGAAUAACCCAGGACACCCCAGGACACCCCAGGACACCCCAGCACACCCCAGGACACCCCAGCACACCCCAGAAUAACCCAGGACACCCCAGGACACCCCAGCACACCCCAGGACACCCCAGAAUAACCCAGGACACCCCAGCACACCCCAGGACACCCCAGAAUAACCCAGGACACCCCAGGACACCCCAGGACACCCCAGGACACCCCAGCACACCCCAGAAUAACCCAGGACACCCCAGGACACCCCAGCACACCCCAGGACACCCCAGAAUAACCCAGGACACCCCAGGACACCCCAGCACACCCCAGGACACCCCAGACGUCAGGGAAGAGGAGGAGGAGGAGGAGGAGGAGGAGGAGGAGGAGGAGGAGGAGGAGGAGGAGGAGGAGGAGGAGGAGGAGAUGAUGCCACAUUCUAUUUGA